AGAAAUUGAGCUCAUCAGUUAUCAUACAGAUCAGAAGCUAUCACAAGUAUCCUCUUCAGUGCUCCAUGAGUUUCCCACUAAAGUGCGUCAAAUAAAAUUUUAUCUCUUUGGAUUAUUGAAACCCACUUGAAAAUCAUACAUUACUCACCAUGUUGCUUCCUGGUCAAAAAAAGCCUCUCUUCCAAUGGGCAUAUGUAUCCAUGACUUGCUCAGUUUUUAUCUCACCAGAAUAUAGUAGUAUUUUGCCUUCCCUUAAGUCUCUUUGCCACUCUCUUUAUUUGCAUCAUGUUAAAAAUUUUGUUUUUAUUCUUUUUAGGAAGUAUGAGCUGCGCUGUGUUGGAUAAUAAGGAACAUGAGUGCAUUUUUGAUUUGGAUCGUGUCCGCGAUAUUUUUAAAGCCUCGCUGGUUGGGGCAGAAGAUGUUGAUCUAGACCAAUACUUAGAAGGAUUCAAAGAAUUAAUAAAAUUUUGUGAUUUAAUGGGUUCCAUGUUCUCGUUUGUAAGCUCAGAAAUAAGUGAAAAAAUUAAGGUGCUAGAAGACUUAAGAAAUGGUGAACAAAGAGACGAUUUUGCAACUCUAUUCACGAUGACUGAUUUUGAAACUACUCAAAAAUUACUCGUAAAAAAGGACUAUACCUCUGGUAGCAGGACCUUACUGCGAUUGCACAGAGGCUUAGAUUUCAUUCGAACAUUUUUAGAAAAAUUGGGAAAAUUAAAUCCAGAUGAUUCAACUAGUUCAAUUGGGCGAGAAGCGUAUACCAAAACUCUGGCAUCAUACCACUCUUUUUUUAUCAGACAGGGUGCAUAUAUAGCCAUGUACACUUUACCCACACAAAAAGUAUUACUUCAAAGGGUGUGCAAAGAAAAAGCCGCCACAGCUCUUGCAGGAUUACCGGCCAUGUUACAAGUAACCAACAUUGUUUAUGAUCGAGUGCAAGCACAUUACAAGGCCAAAGACUUACUCGAACUCCCAUGAUUCUCUCCACAUUCAUUGUUCAUUGAAGCUGUGUUAUUUUAUAAGCGAUUUAUCGUUUGUCUCAUCCCGGACACCCUAAGUUAAGUUCCAGCUUACUCUCUCCAGGUUCGUUAAAAACCCUCUCCUAUGUAGUUAUCUCUAUAAAAUUUUAUUUACAACUGAAAGAAGAGUCAGAUAGGCAGUUAAAAGCCUCGAUUAAUGCCAUUGCCUAAUUCGCACUCAUGUUUGGAAGGUACGGAAUACUCAUUAGAAAUGGGGUACCAGGGAGUCCUCUCUUAGAAAAUGUUUUAAAAAUCCAUCCCUAAAACAUAAUUUUUGCUACAAAAUCUGGCCCCCAGUCUGUUUGAUCAUGACUGUAAGAAUCGAUGAAUCUUAUUAUUUUGCCCUAAAGAUUAGCUGUAACUGCAACUGUCAGAGAAACUUGAAAGAAUCCAUAAAUUUUUAAACAAACCUGGCAAAAUAAAAGGGAAAUUUACCCAGCACUAGGGAUAUUCUUGACUCGUAGCAGUAACAUGGGAGGUUGGAAUCAAUGAGCUGUGCGCCCGUAAUGUCUUUUAUCGUUACCUUACUCUUGGAAAAUUUAUCCCUUGUGAGCAUCUAUGCUGUGAAUUUUUUUUUGCUUGAUCAGGCAAAAGUUUGCAUCUUUACAAUUCCUUCCUUAUCACUUAUUUGGAAUUUUAGUUUUGAAUGAUCUGAGAGUUUUAAAGUCGAACUUACCUUUUUACUCUGAAAAUUAUUACAAAGGAAGCUAUCUAGGUCUUAAAACAAGUAAUGCGGAGGUGAAGUUCUUUCGGUCGGUUAAGGCUCAUUUAAGGAAGUUUCCAAUUGAAUCAGAAUCAAAAAGGGUCAGGAACAAUGAACCGUUAUUUCAGUUUCAAGCUCAAGUCAGCCAUUUCAAGUUUGAUUCCAAACUGUCCUGUCACUUUUCUAGAAUUUUCGCGACAGCCUAAUCAAAAAUGCCUUUGAGAGAGUGCCUCAGUCUGGAAAGUCGUAGAAUUAGUGCGUGGGAAACAUCAUUUUUAGAUUGAAGAGACCUAGAUAUUUUCAGGUUAUUCAAAAAUAUUUUUACUGGAAGGAAGUCCUUUAUUUAUCUCUCAUCAAAUACAAUGGUAACUCAUCAAGUUCAAUGAUUGACUUUAUCAUUAAAAAGUAAAAAUACUUCACUUAUUUCAUGUUAUUUUUUGUAAAACGAAUCUUAAAAAAAAACUGAGGAAAAAUAACUGAAGUCAGGAAUUUUAAAUCCUUUGAAUUUAAUGUAAUUUCACCCCUUCAAAUUUUGAAUUAUUGUAAAGAACAAUGUUCCGCAGAAAAAGUGACCCUUGUCACGUCUUGCCCCAAAAGUCGAAGUGCAGAUUUUGGUAGCCAAUGGGAAAGAUUGUUUCAAAAGGAUUUUGGAGCAAAAUAUUAACCCUAGCCAUGACAUGAAGUUAUGAUAUUUUUAAGUCAAAAAACAAUCCUUUAGAGGGUGAUUUUAAUUUUUUAAGCCAUUGUGCUUAAAAGCUCAGUAUCAAUAAAGUUAAUUUUUACUUUCUGCCUGGAUGAAAGUGAAUGAACUUGCUUUUGGUGCAGUUGCCUCCUGGUGCUGUCAGAGGCGUUUCUGUCAAACAACUAAACUAAUUUUCGUAUUUUAACAUUUAAUUUGAUGAGAAUAAACAGAAACUGUUUCUUGUAAGAAAUCUGCCGACCUUUUUCCAUGGAAUGUCAAACAUCUAGUGCCUGAGAGGGCGCAAAUCCUGAACGUUUGAGCAUUUUGGUCAAAGUCACCAAUCGUCAUAUCUUUAUUAUAUUUGAAUAGUGCUCAAUAUCUACUCUGAUCAAAUUGGAUCACUCAAUAAAUUUCUGAACAUAAUAUUUAGAAUGAAACUAUCAGUUGAAUUUUUGCAACUGUAACAUUAGUACAAUUUAAUAUAGUUCUUUCUUGUACCUCUAAGCCGCUUUUUAUGAAUAAUUAAUUAGUAUUCACGCAAUACGGAUGAAAUUUUUUUCGGCUUGUGUGUAAAGUAACUGUGCUCAAAAAGGAAUUAAAAUUUUCUGAGAGUUUCCGCCUGAAAAUGAAAUUAAUUAACACCACUGUGAGACUAAUAAUUUCAAAAAGUAAUUGAAGUUGUCUCUAAAGGAGACUGCAUUGAAUAGUGAUCUUGCACUCCUCUCGACAGGGAAGGUCUUCAAUCUUUAAUUUUACUCUUUUAAAUGGAGGAGUGUUCUGGCAAGGUUUUAGAAAUCUGCUAAUUUUUUUCGAAUAGUAUUAAUUUUUUCAGUUAAUUGAAGUCAGUUGAAAUCACUGUUCCUUCCUUCAUGCAUCCGGAACAACACUGAUUUCAUUGUGAUAAUUAACAACAAGGUUGUGUAGCGAAAUCUUAACGUAUGUACCUAAGCUUACUCUCUUUUUCUCCUUAUUUUAGACAUUUUUCCGCUGAGCUCGAAUAUAAAAUAUUUUUUAGCUUUUAAAACCUUUGGUGGAACACCAGUCCAAAUCAUGAAGAGCCUUUUUAUCAUUCAACAUCAAGAGCAACGCUCUCUUUCGUGUGCUUCAAUGGAUGUGUGAAAAAUUAAUCUCAAUGAUUCUGUUGAACUGAAAGAGAUUGACACAUUUCUUGGAAGAAUAUUGUCACAACCAGUGGGGGUUUGACCUAAUUUUUCUAUAAAAUAUCAGCAAUAUUAAAGCUUCAUGACUGGAUCAGCGGGCGGAUUAUUGAAAUUGAUUGACAAAUCUAUAAACGAAAAUGGUGGAAUGGUGGGUGGUGGUCAAAUGGUGGAAGCGGGUGGUUUUAAUGGACACAGGAGCUAGGGAUUAGACAGAUUAUCGGCAACCGUAGAGAGACCCCAUAGCUACUCCAUUAUUUUCUCCUUUAGUCUAUGAGAAUCACCUGUUUCAACAAAUAGGAUCUCUUCAUACUCGCUAUGUUUUCAUGGUCUAUAAAUUUCCAUAAUCAGCCUUCGGGUGUUGUACCAAUUUGUCUGAAUUUGUUGAUUUAAAAUGGUUAUAUUGUAUCUUAUUUCUUGAUUUUUAUCUAAUUAAUAAAAUUGAUUAGUGAAAUAUC